UCAUUUUUGUCCAAACCCUAAACCAUUUCUUCAUAUUCAUGUUCCUGUAUCAAUUAUCAAGAAUCGAAACCCAACUAAAAGUCCUCUUUUGUUUCUUUGAUAACCCAACCGUAUAUUGAGCACCAUUUUCUUGGUAUUUUUCUUUCAUUCAUAAACCCUUCAGAAGUCUGUCAUUAAAUUUCUUGUUCGAACAUUUCUCAAAUUUCUCAGACCUAAGAAGAAAAUCAUGGCUGCAAGAAUAGCCACCAAAGAUAUCAUCACCCUUCGUGGAUCAGCAGCAAUAGUCAGCGAAUUCUUUGGUUAUGCAGCCAACAGCAUAUUGUACAACCGCGGAGUUUACCCUGAGGAAAGUUUUGGAAAGGUGAAGAAAUAUGGGCUACCUAUGCUGCUUACUCAGGAUGAAGGUGUCAAAACCUUCAUUUCAAACUUAACUUCUCAGCUUUCAGAAUGGCUGGAAGCUGGGAAAUUGCAGAGGGUAGUCCUUGUCAUCAUGAGCAAGGCCAGCGGUGAGGUCCUAGAGAGGUGGAAUUUCAGUAUUGAGACUGACAGCGAAGUGGUUGAGAAGGGUGUCUCAAGGGAAAAGAGUGAUAAGGAGAUUAUGAGGGAAAUCCAAGCUAUCAUGAGACAGAUAGCUUCCAGCAUUACUUACUUGCCGUGCCUGGAUGAACCCUGUGUGUUUGAUGUUUUAGCCUAUACUGAUAAAGAUGUUGCAGUCCCAUUUACUUGGAUUGAGAGUGAUGCUAAGCUGAUUGCGAAUCCACAGAUGGUUAAGUUACAUUCCUUUGACACAAAGAUACACAAGGUUGACACUUUGGUCUCUUACAAGAACGACGAGUGGGACGAGCCAUAACUUUCAAAUCUGUGUUGUUUCCGUCUUGGUUUUAUUCAAAUUGUGAACUCUGGUGAAUCAUUGAUUCACAUCUUGUUGCAGUGGUGUGUUCUGUAAUAGUUGAUUUGUUAGGAUGAGCAACUUGUGAAUUUGUUUUGUGAAUCAUUGAUUCACACUGUUAAGACAUUGAUGUAUUUUGUACUGGUCCAUUUUUUUGGAUGAGCCAACUGCAACUGAGAACUUCUGAAUUUGAUCUUCUGUUGUCCCUGCCAUAUAUCACACUUUCAAGUUU